UGUAAUUUAAUUAAUAUAUAACCAUCAAUUUGCUUUACGGAUCCCCUUCACAUAACACCUAUAAAUUUCAACUCCAUAUGAAACAACAUGUUCAUCGAACAAUUGAGCCUAAGCAACUAAGCAAGUAAGACGAGUAACAUGGAAUCCACCAUGAGGAGACUCAUUUCAGCACUGUUCCUCUUGCUCCUAAUCACGGUGGGAUCCUCUGCCUCUCCAACACAUUGGCGAAAGAGGGUUCGAGAGCCUUGCAAGAAGUUGGUGCUUUAUUUUCAUGACAUCAUUUACAACGGCCAUAAUGCUAAGAAUGCCACAUCAGCCAUUGUGGGUGCGCCCUCGUGGGGCAACAAGACUAUACUAGCCGGCCAGAACCACUUUGGUGAUGUGGUCGUCUUUGACGACCCCAUCACACUUGACAACAACUUGCACUCGCCUCCUGUGGGACGAGCGCAAGGGUUUUACAUUUACGACAAGAAAGAGAUUUUCACCUCUUGGCUUGCUUUCUCCUUUGUGUUCAACUCAACACAACAUAAGGGUAGCAUAAACUUUGCUGGUGCUGACCCUUUGAUGAACAAGACCAGGGACAUUUCCGUCAUUGGUGGCACUGGUGACUUCUUCAUGACUAGGGGAGUGGCCACUCUCUCAACCGAUGCAUUUGAGGGUGAGGUUUACUUCAGGCUAAGGGUUGAUAUGAACUUGUAUGAAUGUUGGUAACUAAAUGUUGGAUACAACAGUAUCUCUUCGCAUUUUGUAUUUUAUUAUUGUUAGUUGUUGUUGGUGUCGUUGUUGUAUUACUUUCUCUUUGGUUAUUCCUGGAUUAUUUACUUGGUGAUAAGAGUUUUCAUUUUUGGGAUCAAGCAUUGUAACUUUGCGGCACAAUAGCACACCAAGGUGUUGGUGUCGUCACUUCUUGUUGACUUCAUUUGGAACUAAAAUAACUGUUUAAUUACGAUCUAA